UGUUAGAUUAAGCUGCUGUUUUGAAGCAUCCACAGAAGAUCAACCCACAGAGGGAUUAAGACCAACAAUGGAUAAGAUGCUGUUGUUUUAUUCAUCCUCUGCCCUAUUAAUUCUUCUUCAGAUACAUUAUAGUUUGGCUGCAGAGUGUGUUAUAGUCUCAGUGGAAUCCCCUUCAGCAUCCCAGCUGGACGUAAAGUGGCAAAGCUAUUCUGGAGCUGCAUUUUAUAACUUAACUUUAAAAGAUAUGAACUUGACCGGCACUACCCCAGUGAUGCAGCUGCAAGUGUUAGGCACACAGAGAUUGGUGAACGGUUUAAGACACGGGCAUUUUUAUGAACUCACACUGUCGGCCUUUGAUGUAAAUCUGGGUCUACUGUGCAAAGUUACUAAAAUAGCCAACACAGUGCCUGCUGUAUCUGAGUUUACAUCUGCCCGGGCUAUUUCAAGCACUUCCAUAGAGUUUACGUGGACCAAUGUGACAGGGGCGGACAGCUACAUAUUGUUUGUGGAAAGGACAUUAGGCUCUACUCCAAUAGUUUACAACCGUACCUUCACCAGCCGCAGAGGACAAAUGGAUGGAUUGACUCCAUCAACACUGUACACAUGUUAUAUUUUCUCCUCCAACAAUGCAGGGAGAGGAGCCAAAAGCAACUCAAGGACAAUAGAGACAUUGGUGCAGCCACCAACUGGUGUGACAGUCAGCUCAACUGGAAAGAGCACAGCCCUAGUGAAGUGGAACAUUGUGAGCAAUGUCCUGCGCUACCAAGUGACCGUGACGGACACCGGCAAGCCGGACAAACCACACAUCUCAAGAACAACAUCUUCUGUAUCCAUGGAAAUCAGUCAACUGGAGCCCUGCUCCAUCUACAUAGUGGAAGUAUCUUCACUUAAUUACUACCUGGUUGCUGGAGAGCCCUCUGUAGUCACAUAUAAUACAACUACUAUAGGUGGAGUAACCACAGUGUCUGUGAAAUACGACUGCUCCACCAGCAGGGUGACGGUAACCUGGGAUGUGGUGUAUGGGGCUCACAUGUACAGGGCCGUAGCUGUCGAUGGCACGGGGGACUCUUUGAACUGCACAUCAAACUCCACCAGCUGUCCGAUCUCAGAGCUCAAGUGUGGAGAGAACUACCAGGUCCACGUCACAGCCAUCUCUGAUGACUGUGAGAGCACCCCCACAAUCAUGUCCACAUUUGAGACAGUUCCCUGUGCUCCUGUUGACCUCAAGACCACACAUGACUGUUUCUCCAACGUCCUCAAAUUCAGCUGGGAACCCACCAAUAACACCCUCUACUAUGUCGCAAAGGCUGUGGACAACAAGGGCUUGAUGACUCCGUGCAUGACUCCAGAUAGGAAGUGUUACUUCACCAAUGUUGAGUGUGGUCGGUCUUACACAUACAGUGUGUAUGCAGUGAGCUCAGAAUGCAACAGCCAGAUCAGCCAACCCAAAACCAUCUAUAGCUCUCCUUGUUUACCAACAAAUGUGGUGACACAAACUAACUGCCUCACAAACACUCUCCACACAACCUGGGACUCCUCUGAAGGAGCUUUAUCAUACACUGUUGAGGCUAAAGGUAACAACGGUAAAACCUACAACUGCUCCUCGCCAAACAACACCUGCGAAAUAACGGGUGUGCCAUGUGGAGAACAACUCAGUGUGUGGAUCAUGGCCUCCAAUGACAACUGCUCCACUGACAAGUUGCUGGUAGAGUCUGCUCAGACUGUUCCCUGCACUCCCGUCAAUGUUUUCGCAUCAGCAAACUGCAAGGCGGACUCUGCAAGAGUGAGUUGGACACCGAGCUCUGGAACUAUAUUCUACAUUGCACUUGCUGAGGAUGCAAAUGGAAAUUCACGCCACUGCUAUUCACUGGCGAAUACCUGUUCAAUAGAAGGCUUGGCAUGUGGACAGAACUACACUGUCAAAGUCAUCAGCACAAAUUUUGCCUGCAACAGUACGGCAAGUCAUGAGGUUCAUUUCAUGACAGCAACUUGCCCUCCAACAAACAUUGAGGCUUUCAGAGACUGUGAUGCUAACCAUGCUGUGAUAACCUGGCAGCACAUCCAAACAUCAGGCAUCUACACGGCGUGGUUAGAAGAUCAGGACGGGCCUCAGGUCAACUGCACCAGUGACUCAGUCAACAACUGCACUAUCAUGUCACUGCCAUGUGGAAAGACAUACAACGUCACUGUUAGCUACAGCAAUGGGCAGUGCCAGUCCACCUCAACAUCUAUUACCAUGGACUCUGUGCCAUGUGGUCCUGAGCAUGUCAAUGCCAGUGUCAGCUGCAGUUCUGAUGAGCUGAAGGUCUCCUGGAGCAUCUCCGUUCCUGCAGUGAACUACACCACCAUAAUCUCCACAGCAAUGGGCCCGCCAAUCUUCUGUUACUCCACAGAGACCGAGUGCACUGUGGCAGGACUGCAGUGCGAAAGCUCUUAUACUGUGUCAGUUUACUCCAUCUUUGGGACGUGCUCCAGCCUACCGAGUCAAGAGGUUGUGGUGCGAACAUUGCCCUGUCCUCCAACCGAUGUUAUGGUGAAGCACACUUGUGCUCCGGAUCCCAUUCCUGUAUCAUGGACUCACAGUGGGGAUGCUGAGCUCUUCCUUGCCGUCGCUUUAGGUAGCGAAGGUCACAGGGCUGAGUGCACCACCAAUGAAGCAACCUGCAACCUUACCAGUCUCCUUUGUGGGGAAGUUUACACCAUCAGUGUUGUAGGAGCUUAUGGUAGCUGUUCAGGUCUACAGAGCAACUCCCUGUCUUUUAGAACAGAGCCGUGCUCUCCCUCUAAUGUGACCAGCCAGGUGAUCUGUGGUGCCGGAGCUGCUCAGGUUUCCUGGACCCCCAGCAUGAAUGCAGUAGGCUAUGAAGUAAAGGCCACCGGCACUGAUCAGAGCCUCACAUGCAGCAGCUCCUCCUCCAACUGCACCAUAAGUCCUCUGGUCUGUGGCCAAGUGUAUGACAUACAAGUGUCCGCCACUGACGGUACCUGUAACAGCAAUUACAGUGCCCCCUACAGGCAAGAAUCAGUGCCUUGUGCUCCUGAGAACAUUACUACAGACUGGCUGUGUGACACAAACGACUUAACCGUGAGCUGGGAAUCCUCCUCUCUACCCCUCAGCUACAGCGUGAUGGCCGUGCCUCUGAAUGGAAGCAGUCCAAUCAUCUGCAACACUAACAAUUCUAGCUGUGUUCUCAGGGGCUUCCAAUGUGGGCAAACUCUUAACAUCUCUGUUAAUGCCUCUUCUGACAUCUGCAGUGGACUAUAUAGCCCAAUACAGACUGUCCAGACAGGUCCCUGUGCCUCUCAGAAGCUAACAGUGGAAACUGACUGUGGCACAAACUCCCUUGUGGCCUCCUGGGAGGCUUCUCCUGGGGCCUCCUCUUACACAGCAACAGUGAUGGGUCCUAAUGGCUUUUCUGAAAACUGCUCCACAUCAAAUCUCACGUGCUAUUUCUUGGACCUGCAGUGUGCCAGCAAUUACACCGUCCAGGUGACGUCCCAGGGCAGCCUCUGCAUCAGUGCUCCCAUUCAAACUGUAGCAACAACAGGCCCAUGUGAUCCGGUAAAUGUGACAAGCAUCCUGCAGUGUGGUUCAGACACUGCCACAGUGUCCUGGAGUGGUGGUGCCGGAGCUUUAGCCCACACCAUUCUUGCUCAAGAAGGGGGAUCCCAUCGGUAUGUUUCCUGUAAGAGCAGCACAACUUCUUGUCAGCUAAAACAGCUGCAGUGUGGAAAAGUGUACAAUUUCACAGUACUGGCUGAAGAUGCCACCUGUAACAGCACUGGAGGGGCUACAGGAACCCUGGUGACAGCUCCAUGUUCUCCAUCCAUCCAGAGCAGCACUCUGACAUGUGGAAACAACUCUGCCCUCCUCACCUGGACACCAGUAGCUGGUGCCACAGAUUUUAUAGUAAAUGCUACGGCUGGGAAUGGACACAGUGUUUCUUGCAGCUCAGAUACAGCUUCAUGCAGCCUUACAGACCUCAUGUGUGGUCAGAUAUACUCAGCAUCAGUUACUGCACGAGGGAACAAAUGUGACAGUCUGCCUGGACCUAUCACCAACGUUACCACAGUCCCCUGUCCCCCAGUCGUCACCUCUAAGCAGUACGACUGUAGCACCAGCACAGCAACGAUUGGCUGGUCUGAUACCGUGGGGCGCUUUAGCUUCUUUGUUCAAGUAGCAGGGGAUGGGCAUGAAGACAGUUGCCGGACUACCAACACCAGCUGCAUGUUCAGAAACCUACCCUGUGGCUUUGAUUUCAACGUGAGGGUCCAAGCUAUGGGAGCCGAGUGCAACAGCAGCAUCAGCACCAGUGCAUCCCUAAAAACAGUCCCUUGCGCCCCAGAGAACAUGAGCGCCGUCACACAGUGCAGCAGUGACUCUGCUAUAAUAACUUGGGUGAGCAGUCCCAGUGCUGUUGGACACAAUGUGACAGUGACUGGCCAGGAUGGACACACCCACCUCUGUCACACCAACUCCACCAGCUGUCACGUCACUGACCUCCACUGUGGGGAAACCUACAGCGUUACCGUCACACCAUACUCACAGACAUGCACAGGAGCCUCCAGUUCACUGGCCAGCUUUAAAGCCGGGCUUUGUGCUCCAAGCAACGUCUCUGUGUCUCCUGCUUGUGAGAACAGCACCAUCUCAUGGACUCCAGUGACUGGGGCAGAGAUGUACAUAGCGACAGCUACGGCAGAUGAUGGACACAAUCAUACUUGCAGCUCGAAUGAUUCAAGCUCGUGCAACUUUACUGACCUACACUGUGGGGAAACCUAUGCUGUCAGAGUGGUAACACUGGACCAAAGCUGCUGGAGUGAGCCAAGCCAAGCAGUGCAGCUAAAAGCAGCACCGUGUCCACCUGCCAAUCUGAGUGGUCAUCUUACCUGUGAAACCAACACUUUGACCCUCACAUGGGAUCCGGUGAUAGGGGCAACCUAUGUUUUGCAGUGGGAAAGGAUAGGGGGAACAUCUCCUCCCUCAGAGUACAUAACCUCGAACAUCUCUCACUCUGUUUCAAAUCUGGUCUGUGGAGAAAGAUAUGGUUUCCGCGUUGCAGCAGAGGAGACAGACUGCAGGAGUAUCUACAGUCCACCCAUAGAAAUAAGUACAGCUCCUUGCCAGCCCACAAACCUAACCGUUCGUGUGGACUGUGGAACAAAGAACGGGAAUUUCUCCUGGGCAGAAAGUAAAGGAGGAAGUUUCUAUGUGGUGGAGGUUACUGGGGAGCACGGCCACGUAGCCUCCUGCUCGUCCAAUGACACCUCCUGCGCUGUGAAGCUUGACUGCGGCCACUCAUACUCUGCAACUCUGGUGGCCUCCACUGAGAACUGCAACAGCACCAGACACACAGACAUUUACUUUGACUCUGCCCCGUGUCUGCCAGACGACGUCAUCGCUGAGUUAGAUUGUAAAACCAACACGAUGAAUGUGAACUGGACUCAGACCAGCGGCUCAGACGUGUACACGGCCUGGGCCAUCGCUACAGACGGACACCGAGCCUCCUGUAACUCAACAUCCAACCACUGCUCCAUCCAGGACCUCAGGUGUGGAAGGAUCUACGAGGUGGCCGUCACCUCCUCCUCCAUAGACUGUGAAAUCAUUGCUGGCUCAGACUACAAGGUUCAGGCUGCUCCUUGUAAAGCUGAGAACACCAGCGCUGAGUUGAACUGUAGCUCCAACAUGAUGACUGUGAGGUGGCAGGAUGGCAACACGGUGCAGAACUACUCUGUUAGAGCCACGUCUGCCUCGGGUGUGAACUCCACCUGUGAAACCACAAAGAACAGCUGCUCCUUCCUGGAGCUGAGCUGUGGUCAGCUGUACACCUUCACUGUGACGGGGUACAACAAUGUGUGUGUGAGCGACAUGGGUGACCCCAUAGAAAGGCACACUGCUCCCUGUCCUCCAACUAGCAUAUCGGCUGAUCUGAACUGUACAACUCAUACAGCACUGAUCAGUUGGUCUAGAGCUGCUGCUGCCACAGCCUACAGCGCUGUGGCCACCUCCUCUGCAGGACACAACUCGUCCUGCAUCGACAUGGGUGCGUCCUGUGAGCUGGAGCAUCUGGUCUGUGGACAGCAGUACUCUGUCAUUGUGGAGGCCAUCCAUGCUAGCUGCCCUGGUCCUGCCAGUGCUCCCGUCAACUUUUCUACAGAGCCCUGUGCUCCUACGAGUGUUUCUGUUGAUUAUGAUGCCAGUGGUGCCUGGGUGAUGUGGAGCCCUGCUGAAGGUGCCACCUCAUACUACAUUCAGGCUGAAUCAAAUAGCUCAUUGGUCAACUGUACCACCAAUACCACCCGCUGCUUUCUGCAAGACCUCCUCUGCAGUCAUGUGUACAACAUCACUGUGAUAGCAGGAAACCAGGCAUGCAGCAACGUGGUCUCUGACACAUUACAACUCGUAACAGGGCCCUGCCCGCCCACAAAUGUUCAAACCAGCAUAUCCUGUGACCAGCUCACUGCAACUGUGUCCUGGCUGCGGAGUUAUCUCGCUGUGGGCUACGUCGCCUACUUUAGCAACCAAAGUGGACAAAACGCCUCAUGCACUGGAACACGGACGGAUACCAGUUGUGUGGUCUCUGGGUUGACGUGUGGCUCCAUUUACAGAGUCUGGGUCAUUGCUUUGGGAGAGCAGCACAACAGCUCAGACAGCUCUGUGGUUUCACUCACCUCAGCACCUUGCCAGCCACACAGUAUUGAAUCUUCCCUGGACUGUCAGGCCCACUCUGCUACUGUUUCCUGGCAGCCCACUGUGGGAGCUGAGUCCUAUGCUGCUGUCCUAACAUCUUCGUCGGGCCACAGCGUCAGCUGCUCCACCAACGCCACCAGCUGCCAGCUGAGCUCCUUGCAUUGUGGCGUAGAGUAUAAUGUCACCCUAAAGGCUCUAGGAGAAACGUGUAACAGCACAGCUACCAUGGAAGGACACCUCAUCACAGAAGCAUGUCCACCUGUGAAUGUGUCCAUCCAUUACAACGGGACUGCCGCCCAGGUUAUGUGGGCAGCGACAGGCUCCAGCUUGAGCUCUGUAUCGGCUGUCACAGAGCAGGGCCUCAUCGUCGACUGUAACUCCACCACUGCUCAGUGCUCCCUGACAGACCUGCAGUGCAGUCAGACCUACAACAUCACAGUCAAAACCAGAAACUCGGCCUGCAACAACACUGUGACCUCAGCGCCCCACCGCCUCAUUACAGCACCCUGCCCGCCCACAAACAUCCAAGUCGUUAUGUCAUGCGAACAGCUCAUUGCAAAUGUGUCCUGGCAGCAGAGUGACUUCACAGUGGGCUACAUCGCCUACUUGGACAACCAAAAUGGUCACUCCACCUCCUGCAUGAUAACAACCCCAGAUAACUGUAUGAUGGGGCAAUGUGAAGAAGGAGUUUGCUGCAUUGUUCAAGGGCUGAUAUGUGGCUCCAUCUACAGAGUUUGGGUCAAAGCUUUAGGAGAGCAGUACAACAGCUCAGACAGCUCCGUGGUCAAUCUCACGUCGGCUCCUUGUCUACCUGCUAACAUCACGGCAAAGGUAAGCUGUGAGUCUGAUAGCGAUGCCAUCGUGUCCUGGAGUUCUCCGACCAUAUUGUCGCCCAUCAGCACACAAACAAACAUUUCGGUCAUGACCAUUGUUGGAGGAAGCCCUCAAACUCUGUGCACCACCCAGCACAGCUACUGUAACCUAACAGGUCUAAGCUGUGGGGAGACCCACAACCUCAGCCUCACCGCCACCAAUGAGCAAUGCAGCCUCACAGCCCAGACGCACAUCAGCGUCACCACCCGCCCCUGCAGACCUCCACCUGUGUAUGUCAGCCUGCUGUGUGGCACAAACACUGCUGCCAUAUCCUGGGAUGUGAAACCAGAAGUUGAACUGUACACAGCAACCGCCAUUAAAUCAUCAGGAGGGGAAUUGAAAACAUGCAACUCCUCAUCGUUUUCCUGCCAGAUCACUGGUCUGGUCUGUGGAGAAAUUUAUAAUUUUACGGUGGCAGCAUACAGUGAUGGUUGCUGGAGCCCAUGCAGUAGCCCUAUUGUCGUCCAAACAGAGCCUUGCCAACCUGUGAAUGUCUCUGCUCAGACGCUCUGUGAGAGCGAGGAGGUGCAGCUCUCCUGGGAUCACACAGGCAGCCCUGACAAUUUUUCAGUCAUAAUGAUGGGGAGUCUUGGGUACAUGGAAGUCUUCAACACCACCCAAACCUUUUAUUCAGCCCCUGUAUCCUGUGGACAGAGCUAUAAUCUCACUGUCCGAGCACGGGGCAGCCAUUGUGACAGCAUGCCAAGCAAUCCUGUUUUCUUCAAAACGGGUCCAUGCAUUCCCAGGGAGGUGGCGACCUCUGCGCAGUGUGACUUUAACAUGGGGUCUGUCAGCUGGGGCCCCAGCGACGGUGCAGAGUCAUAUGUUGCUACAGCAACAGGUGUGGAUGGCCACACUCACCUGUGCCUCACCAACACCACUUCCUGCACGUGGACCGACCUGCACUGCGGGGAGUGGUACACGGUGGAAGUGAGAGCACAGGCUGACAACUGCACCAGCUCUCCAAGCAACUCCUCUGUCAUCUACAUGAAUUCCUGCAGGCCUGAGAAUGUGACUGCCGCUGUGAACUGUGACCAAAAGGCUGUUUCUCUGGACUGGGACAUCAGUGACAGAACAGGGGUCUUCAUGGUUUCAGCUGAGGGAGGAGGCAGAGUGAUCAGCCUGAGCACCAACAGCACCUCAGCCCGUUUCUCUGAUCUUAUAUGUGGUCAAAACUACAGCCUCACAGUCACCCCUUACAACCAGCACUGUACUGACAACACCAGUGUGUCCACUUCUGUCCUAACCUGGCCUUGCAUGCCAGUGGGGAUCUCCACCUCCCAGGAUUGUAUUUCUGGCAUCGUGGAGAUAACCUGGGAUUCUUCCAAUGGCUCAGAUUACUACACGGCCAACAUGCAGACGGACACAGGCAUCUCAGAAAAGUGCAUGUCAGAAUCCAAUUCAUGCAGCGUUAUGGCCCUAACAUGUGGGCACAACUACUCUGUGUCAGUCACAGCUUCCAACCAGCAGUGUAACAUCACCUCUGAAGAAACUACAAGUCUGCAGUCAGUGCCAUGCAUUCCCACUAAUGUCUCUGUGAAAAUGGAUUGCUCCAACAACACGGCUGCUGUGUCCUGGUCUCCCAGUCAAGGGGACCUAAAGCACUCAGUGAUGGUCAACAGUAGCAGCAGUGACAACAGCUGUUUGGCCUCUGAUCUAAGCUGCAUCACAUGUGGUGCAAACUACACCAUUCAGGUGGUGGCGAUGGAUGACCAAUGCUCCAGUCAUCCCAGCCUGCCUGUGCUUUUUCAGUCAGGCCCCUGCCCUCCCCACAACUUGAACACCCAGCUCAGCUGUCUGUCCAAUGACCUGACUGUUACCUGGGAUGCUGUUAGAGAUGCCGAUCACUUCUUGGUUUCCUUAACUUCUGCCAGUGGAGGAAGCAGUGAAAUAUGCAACACUACGAACACUGCUUGUUCUACCGGCAGCUUAACAUGUGGUGAUACGUACACUGUUCAAGUGAUCUCUGUGAGAGGCGACUGUAAAAGUGAGCUCAACUCGACGCACAGCGUCCAGUCAGCUCCCUGCCAGCCUGAAGGCAUCAGAGGUCACCUGGACUGUGUGACCAACUCUGCCUGGAUAUCCUGGAACGCCUCCCCUGGGGCGGAGAGCUACACUGUCUUAGCUGUUGGAGGAGAUAGCCACACAGCCAACUGCACCACUUCCACCAAUACAACAUGUGAGGUGGAAAACCUGGCCUGUGGUGUUUCAUACAAUUUCACGGUUACAGCUAAAAACAGCCAGUGUGAGGGUCCACCAAGUGCCUCCAUCACUUUACAGACAGCCCCCUGCUCUCUGUCUGCUAUCACCGUCUUCACUCAGUGCCAUAAUUCCUCCAUCUUGGUUGAGUGGGGGCGUAUGGGCGACGGCACUGAAAACACCAUAUACACUGCCACAGCAAAGGCCAGUGACCAAACCUACCUGCACUGCAACAGCACCGGCAGCAGCUGCUACCUCCUGGAAGCACAGUGUGGUCUCCACUACACCAUCAUUGUCACGGCCUCUUCAGACCAAUGCAGCUCUUUGAGGAGUCCACCCUACAGAAUUAGCAUGGAGCCCUGUGCUCCUAGAGAUGUGGCGGUGGACGUCUCCUGUCAGAAUCACAGUGCUCUGGUGUCCUGGACCCCCUCUCCCAUUGCUGAAAGCUACCAGGUUGUUGCCGUGGCUGCAGACGGACAUGGACACACCUGCAACACCACCUCCAGUGACUGCAUCCUGUCAGAGCUGCACUGUGAACAGCAGUACACAGUGUUUGUGAAGGCUAGUCAUGAGAACUGCACCAGCAAAGCCAGUCAAAACGUGACUGUGAACACAGGCCCCUGCCAGCUGAGUGUACUCUCCACGACGUUCCACUGUGCCAAUCGGUCUGUGAUGCUAACAUGGACGCCCAGUGAUAAUAACCCUGCAGACUAUUAUGGCUACGCUGAAGCUGAAAAUGGAGACAGGCUCCACUGUCACAGCGCAGAGCCUGGCUGCACCAUCAACGGACUUGUCUGUGGAACAGUUUACAAUUUUUCUGUGCAGGUCUCAGAUGGAACAUGCAACAGCUCCUUUAGUGACCCUGUGCAGAUUGCAGGAGUUCCUUGCCCUCCUCAAGAUGUCAAGGUGAGGCUGAUGCCAAUUGAGAUGGAGAUCGAGAUGUUGCACUUCAGCUGGACGGAGAUCAGCUGUGCAGAUACAGAGUACAUGCUGACCUUGACAGGAAGUCUGCUGGGAGACAGCCAGGCUCUGUUUGAGCUCUCCUCCUACUGGACCAGCGUGACAUACUUUGAGUUCCCUCUUCCCUGCAGUUCUUCUUAUGUCGCCACGCUGCAGAGCAGAAAUGAUGCAGGCAUGAGCGGCAUAUCAGUACCCCUCAACGGGACAACAGCUCCUUGUCCACCAUCAGGAGUGAAGUACAGCAUUAACGCCUCCUUCAUCACCGUUGCCUGGAACUCCUCAGUGUUUGCCACCACGUACACCGUGUACGAUGCCAGCGUGUCGCCUAACAUGCAGCUGUGCACCACUGUAGAGCUGUCCUGUUCCCUGCCCAUCAUGUCCCCCAGCAGCCUGGUGGUCACAGCCAGCAACGAUGCAGGGGAAAGUCAGCCUGAAAAUGUCGUAAAAGUUUUUGAGCGCAGGAGGAGAGGUCUCAUGGAACAAGUGGCAGCAAACGGGAACAUCUCUUCUCUGCUGCUGGAGGUGACGCAAACCUCACCAGCAACAAUUUCGCUCCGGUGGUCACCAGUGGAGGAUGCUUCCUUUUAUAACCUGCUGAUCUGGAAGCCAGGAAGCUCCAAGGACAACCAACAACUCACCGUGUUUGAGGAGAGCAUCACCCUCAGCGACCUGAGCCCCAACUCUGCUUACUGUUUCUCAGUCUUGGCAGUGACUGCAGAGAAAAGUGGACCAGAGUCAGAGCCUGUGUGUCUGCAAACAGACCAGCUGAUGACACAGUAAAUGCUUCCAGCUGUUUGUUUGGAUAAAGCUUCAUAAAGCAGGUCCACGUAGGAAAAUGUCAUGGUUGAUCAAGUGGAAGCACACUAAAUGUGACAUAUCCUGUAGCCUGAGUGCAAUGACUGUAGAUCAAAUAGCUGGAAAAAUCUGUGGGUAGUUUUACUUUUUAAAACUAAAUUUCACACUUUUGCUUAGAUGCAUGAUAGAAACCUGCUUGUAUAACUUCUGUUGGUUUAAACUUUAAUAUUGAUAAAAAAAAAAAGCUUAAUUUUCGCCUUUUCUGUGUUAAGUGCUACACGGCCUUGCUAAUUGAUGUCAACAUGUGUUAACAUGAGAUGCACUAAUGUGAAAUGUAUUUUAAUAAGUCUCAAUCAUUUUAUGCCAUUCUUAUUAAAAUGAAAAUAUCUUAAAUGGAAUCAAUGUUUUUAUUUCCCAAGAAACGCCGUUUCAUUUAGUUUAAUUAGCCUGCAGAUCUUCUGGAUUAAAUUCAGAUUAUAUUUCAUCUGAGGGUCUAACAAUAUUCAGAAAACUGUAAAAACAACGAAACCUGUUGUUUUAAGACAAAAAACAAGCUAGGAGCAGCUUUUGACAUAAAACCUAAUUUGGGUUCCAUUAUUUUGUUCAUUUUUUUUUUUUUAUAUAAUCCUAAUCUUGCAGUCUUAUUCUUUUUGCC